AUGUCUGGUCGUGGCAAAGGAGGAAAGGGACUUGGGAAGGGAGGAGCCAAACGACAUCGCAAGGUUUUACGUGACAAUAUCCAAGGGAUCACGAAACCUGCCAUCCGUCGCCUGGCUCGUCGUGGUGGAGUCAAGCGAAUCUCUGGCCUCAUCUAUGAAGAGACACGUGGUGUCCUGAAGGUUUUCCUGGAAAAUGUCAUCCGAGAUGCCGUGACUUACACUGAGCAUGCCAAAAGGAAGACUGUUACAGCCAUGGAUGUU